CUUUUUAGCUCAACAUUAACGAAGGGACAGUAUUUGGUCCUUAAAAGCUAUAAUAUCAGGUCAUUAAAUAGAUCAGUCAAUAAAAUAAAAAAGGCGCCACCUUUUUUCCGCCUCUUUUUUUCAACCCACCCUCCCCCCACCUCAAAAAGAACCCUUACCCUUUCCCUUGAAUCAAAUCACUUUCAUUUUGAAGAAUAAAAGAAACUACUCAUCUGCUCCCCUGCAACUGCUAUCACAUCUAGAUUUAAUUUCUACGAGGAAAGAAAAAAAAGCUCCUCACCUCCGUUGAAUCAACUGCUCAAUAGGGUUCCUUCUCAUCAAGGUAAGGAUGGUUCCAUGACAAAACGUCUUUUUCAUGGACUUGAAGUGGCAAGAUGGUGAGUGGAUAGAUAGUUGUUCGGAGAUGCAACUUCCCACUCGCAGUUCCCAAAAAGGUUGGUUAACUAUCAUUGUUGCACUCGCUAUUUCAGAAAGGCCUCUGGUUCUGACUCUUGGACUUGUACUAUUGUCGCUGCUUCGAGGAAGUUUCCUUGAAGAUAGUGAAGAGCAAUUUGAAGCAGCGGAAAAUAUCGAAGAACAAGUUGAAGUGCAAGAAAAACCUACUUUGUUUCGCUAUGGUUUUAUAAAGAUGAUCGCUUUUGUACAUCACACUUUUAUUUUUAGGAGUAGAAAGAAAAUAAUGUCACACUAUUUGGAUGGGUAUACUGGUAAUAUGGUGCUUUAUUUCUCUGUAAUUAACAAUGAUGUUUUAUAUGAGUAUUGACUAUUUUAUAUGU